GUGGCGCGUUUCACGUUAGCCUAUUAUGCGAGUGAUAAGGCGGAGGGUCGGCGAGGGUAGCCGAGCCGGGUGGAGGCUCAUAAGGGAAUGCGCCUGUGCGCAGCGGGGCUUGGAUGACGCUCUGCCUGCGUCCAUUCGACUCCUCCCCUCCCCGAUGUGCCUGACCUAACUCGUCUCGUCUCCUUCCUCUGCUCGCUGCCCAUCUUCGCCGUCCAUGUCCUCCGCGUCCGCGACGUCCUUCCCGCUGUCUGGCCUGCCAACAGGCUCAUCCCGCGCGACGUCCGCGUCCUCCACGUCUUCUGCUGCUGGCUCAAGUACUGCAUCCUCCUCCUCUUCCAGCUCCGCAUCCUCUACUACCUCCUCUCCUACGAAUACUAACCCUGCUGCCUCUUCUUCAGGUACAACCGACCCGGCUAGUUCUUCAUCCUCUUCCUCUUCUUCCUCCUCCUCCACAACCUCCUCGAGCUCGUCCACCACAACCCCGUCCUCGUCCUCGAGCUCCACCACUCCCUCCUCGUCCUCCACCACCACCCCGGCUGGCGGGUCCUCGUCGUCCAGCGGCUCCUCCAGUGCAUCCCAAUCUGGCAGCUCCUCGUCUAGUGGCGGCUCGUCUUCCGCGUCCGCGUCCAGCUCGAGUGCCACGUCCACGUCCUAUUCGACGCAUACGCAGACGAGCACCUCGGUCUUCGUCACGACCAAUGCACAGGGCGCCCCCACUACCGUAACCUCCCUCCAGUAUGUCACCUCCACCGCCGCCGCUGGCUCAACCGACACCUCCACCCGCUCCUCAAGCCAUACCGGCGCCAUCGUCGGUGGUGUCGUAGGCGGCAUCGGUGGGCUCGCCGUCCUUCUCGCGCUUCUCUUCUUCCUCUGCAAGCGCAGGAAGCGCGACGACUUUGACGGCAACUUCGACCCCGACCGCGUCGUCGGCAUCUCAGGACGCAACGGCGCCACCCUCCCCAAUUUCGACCUCGGCGGCGCGGAAGACGUGACACCGUACACGUACAACCCCGCCGGGCCCAACGGCACCGGCGCGCCCGCCGCCGACGACGGCAUGCGCCAGCACUCGAACGUCCCCGCCUUCCUCGCGGGCGGCCUCGCAGGCGCAGGAGCCGGCGCCGGCGCUGCCGCCGCGCACCGUUCCGGGUCAUCGUCUCCCCCCGUCGCCUCCGCGCCGUCGCACUACUCGCAGUCGCACUACGCGCCCUCGUCGUCCGACCCGUCGCAGUACCCCGACUACAGCGCCUACAGCCAGUACGCGCAGCAGCCGGGCGCGGGCGCAGGCGUAGGAUCGAACCACAACGCGCCCGGCGCGUACCGCCAGCCGUCGCCCGGGCCGAGCAUGGCGUACUCGAGCGUCUCGCCGACGUCGCCGACGCACUCCGGGUCGGGCAGCGGCGCGCCGUUCCUGGCGCCGGGGACGCUCCAGAGCGCGAAGGAGCGCGAGGCGAUGAUGCGGCGCUCGGGGAUGCAGCUCGCGAACCCGGGUGAGGUCGUGCAGCACCAGGACGGGGGCCGCGUGCCGGAGGGGCACGAGGAGGAGGAGAACGUGUUGAGCGAGGUGCCCCCGCGGUAUGACCAGAUCCACCGGGAUGCCUGAGCGUGGGCUCUCUGUGCCUUUUCACGAUAGACGGACUGCGUUUCUUCAGUCGUGUUUAUUCUA